CCCUGUGAAUGAAGAAGUCUCAUUAUAUAAAUUCUACACAUUGGGCUAAAGUAAGGCCUAAACACAAGCAAUUGAGUAAGAGAAGUAAGCUCCCUGUAUUUGGCACCUUCAUUUUCUUUAAACUGUCGAGAAUCCUUCCUGCUUCCAGCCGGUUGUGUUGUUCUCCUUUAUAUUAACAGACAAGUGACCUUACUUGCUCGUUGAGAAAAACAGCAGAAAACUUAAAGCAAUGGCCGAUAGUCGUGAUAUUGAAAGUGAACAGAAGAAGGAAACGGAAGGAAGUCACAGUAAUUCAAAACAAGAUGAAGAAGUCAAGAAAUUUGAAGUAUACAUGGAGAAUGAAAUAAAAUACUUGUCUUCCUCACCAGUUUCUUAUACUAUACACCGAAUUGUCAAGCCAAUACGCGAUGUAAAGCCAGAAGCCUACACCCCUCGUAUGAUUUCCGUCGGUCCUCUUCACCAUGGGGAGAUCCACUUAAAAGCCAUGGAAGCACAUAAAUUGCGGCUUGUAAACGAUCUUCUUAAAGAGCGAAAAUCUAGGGGAGUAACCUUAGAUGACUUUUUCAAUGAGAUGAGGAGUUCGGUAAAAGAAGUUCGCCAAUAUUAUUCAGAACUCAUCUCACUUAACGACUAUGAGUUUGUGAAGAUGAUGGUGAUUGAUGGAUGCUUCUUACUUCGACUCAUCCUGGGUUUGAGUCACUAUAACAAUGAUUCUAUGUUCAAUGACAAAUGGAUGCCUCAUGUUAUGCGUGACCUAAUUUUGCUUGAAAAUCAACUUCCCUUCUUCAUGUAAUCUUCAUGAAUGAUCUCAUCAAGUUAUGGAUGCCUCAUGUUAUGCU